UUGGGGGUUGGGAAGGAUCGGUCGGCCGUUUUAGGGGUUUAUAAGGGGCGCCCGGCUGGUUUCAGGUGGGGUUAGCCGGUUAGGGGUGGGGCUAAGGGUUUUACGGUGGGGGAAGGGGGGAGAGAGGAGUGGCUGGGGUUUUUGGGUUUUUUGUUUUUAAUUUUUUUUUUCUUUUUUUAAUUUUAGACUAAUCACGUGCUGACAUUUGUUAUGGUUACCUAUUAUAACAGGUCGUUGACUCGUUUUUGAUCGGUGAGGACUGUUGGAGGCAAACUCAUAGCAUAGUUGAGAUAAUUAAAUAAUAAACUUUAGUUUGGAAAAUCGCCACAAGUCACACAAUGUAGAAAACCCAAAAAGCAAUAAAAAAAAAAUUGAAAAAAAAGAAGUUAAAUUGUACGAGUAUACCCUUCUCUUUGUUCUCGUAACUUGACUAUUUUUCAGCGUGCAGAGAACAACCUCUGUAGUCCCAAUUCUCGGAGCUCCACCAUGUGGAGAACCUCCCUUUCUCUCUCUUCCAAGAGACUACUUUCUCUCUCAUCAAAUCUAAACCCUAAUCCUAUUUCUUCUCUGCAAAAACGUUCUCCAUCUUUUGACUCUAGUUAUGGCGGAUUGAGCUCUUUCUCUCAUCUCUACUCCUCCACAAUCCCUAAUGAAUCCAAUAAAAUCGGAUUAGGGCUUAAUCAAUUAGGGAUUGCUGCUACUGCUACUACUACUGCUUCUGUCGAUGCUUCGUCUUCGCUUUCUCGCGAUCUUGUUGGUGUUGUUUCUCAUUAUGGUCGCUGUUAUUGGGAGCUUUCUAAAGCUAAAUUAAGCAUGCUGGUGGUUGCAACUUCUGGAACUGGAUAUGUUCUUGGCAGUGGCCAGGUCAUUGAUCUUGCUGGCCUUUGUUAUACUUGUGCUGGGACAAUGAUGGUUGCAGCAUCUGCUAACUCUUUAAAUCAGGUUUUUGAAAUUAAGAAUGAUGCUAAAAUGAAGAGAACGAUGCAAAGACCAUUACCUUCUGGGCGUCUGACCGCAUCACAUGCAAUUGCUUGGGCAUCUACAGUUGGGAUAGCAGGCACUAGUUUAUUAGCGUGCAAGGCUAAUGCCUUGGCAGCUGGACUAGCAGCCUCAAAUCUUCUCCUGUAUGCAUUCAUUUACACUCCAAUGAAGCAAUUACACCCAGUAAACACAUGGGUUGGAGCAGUAGUUGGUGCUAUUCCACCGCUUCUUGGGUGGGCUGCUGCUGCUGGUGAAAUUUCUCUUAAUGGGAUGAUUCUCCCUGCUGCUCUGUAUUUUUGGCAAAUUCCCCAUUUCAUGGCCCUUGCAUACUUGUGCCGUGACGAUUAUGCUGCUGGAGGGUAUAAGAUGAUUUCUCUUGCUGAUGUCUCUGGUCGAAAAACUGCCUUGGUUGCGCUGAGGAACUGUCUAUAUCUGGUUCCUGUAGGUUACUUGGCAUAUCAAUGGGGAUUAACCUCUGGAUGGUUUUGUCUUGAGUCAUCAUUGUUUACUCUAGCGAUUGGUGGCACUGCAAUGUCUUUCUACUUAAACAGAACAACAAAGAAUGCUAGGAGAAUGUUCCUUGCCAGCCUUCUUUAUCUUCCAGUAUUUAUGUCAGGGCUUAUGUUUCACCGUCUAUAUAAUAAUUGGCAGAGCUGUUUGGUGGAUGAUUCAGCUACAGAAACUGUUCCAUCAUCAAGGUUUAUGUCAGAGAGUGAGUCUGUUGACAAUGAAAAGCAACUAAAAAAUCCGGCUUCUGGUAAACUAGUCCGGCCACCUGUUGCUUAUGCCUCUGUCGCACCAUUCCCUUUCUUGCCUGCUCCAUCUUACUCGCAUUACUAGAAACUGAAGUUUUUAUUGCAUAAUACAGAAUACAUCUUUUUUCCUUGUAUAUGUAGAUCAUUCUUGUUUCCUUUUCUGUUUACUUACAAUGGAUUCAGUUAAAGCUGAAUCUGCAGUGGCUAUUCUUAUGACUUGGCGAGUGCCAGGUGAAUUUUUGUCCAUUUUUGUUUUCUUUGAUGUAGCUCUCUGUUGGCUUGUAAUUUUUAUUCUCAAUAAAUGAGAUUGUAUUUUGAUUGGUCACUUUUCAUCAUUUUAAAGAAGGCAGUAAUAUUUGGAAACUAAA